AUGUGGACGGCAUGGUGUGUGGCUGCUCUGUCCGUGGCAGCGGUGUGUGGCAUCCGCCAAGAGACAAACACUGUCCUCAGGGUUACCAAGGAUGUGCUGAGCAAUGCCAUCUCGGGCACCCUGCAGCAAAGUGAUGCUCUCCGCUCGGCCAUGAGAGAGGUGCCCUUGGGUGUCGGUGGCGUUCCCUACAAUGACUUCCAUGUCCGAGAACCACCCCCAAAGUAUACCAAUGGCAAGCAGCUUGGUGGUAAUUACAAGUAUGGUCGCAUUGAGGCUAACGACAACACCGCUCAGCUGGGGGGCAAAUACCGAUACGGGGAGAUCCUUGAGUCUGAUGGAAGCACCAGGGACCUCCGAAACAGCAACUACCGCCAUGCUGAGAAUGCAUAUGGCAGCCACAGGGACCACAGGCGGUACAGGUCAGCUGAAGGUGUGGCAACCGUGGGCAGACUUCACCGAGGGGAGCUGCAGCCAGGAGAGAUCCCACCCGGUGUAGCCACUGGGGCACUGGGCCCAGGUGGUUUGCUGGGCACUGGGGGCAUGCUGGCAGCUGAUGGCAUCCUAGCGGGCCAAGGUGGUCUGCUCGGCGGAGGUGGUCUCCUUGGUGACGGAGGACUUCUCGGAGGAGGAGGUGUCCUGGGCGUGCUCGGCGAGGGCGGCAUCCUCAGCACCGUGCAGGGCAUCACGGGGCUGCGCAUCGUGGAGCUGACCCUCCCUCGGGUGUCCGUGCGCCUCCUGCCUGGUGUGGGCGUCUACGUGAGCUUGUACACCCGCGUGGCCAUCAACGGGAAGAGUCUUAUCGGCUUCCUGGACAUCGCAGUGGAGGUGAACAUCACAGCGAAGGUCCGGCUGACCAUGGACCGCACGGGUUACCCACGGCUGGUCAUCGAGCGAUGUGACACGCUCCUCGGGGGCAUCAAAGUCAAGCUGCUGCGAGGGCUCCUCCCCAACCUCGUGGACAACUUAGUGAACCGAGUCCUGGCCAAUGUCCUCCCGGACUUGCUCUGCCCCAUUGUGGACGUGGUGCUGGGUCUUGUCAACGACCAGCUGGGUCUCGUGGACUCUCUGAUUCCUCUGGGGAUAUUAGGAAGCGUCCAGUAUACCUUCUCCAGCCUCCCGCUUGUGACUGGGGAAUUCCUGGAGCUGGACCUCAAUACCCUGGUUGGGGAGGCCGGAGGAGAUCUCAUUGACUAUCCCCUGGGGCGGCCAGCCGUGGCCCCCAGGCAAAUGCCAGAAUUGCCCCCCAUGGGUGACAACACCAACUCCCAACUGGCCAUUUCUGCCAACUUUCUGGGCUCAGUGCUGACUCUCCUGCAGAAGCAAAGGGCACUGGAUAUUGACAUCACCGACGGCAUGUUUGAAGAGCUUCCUCCACUCACCACGUCCACACUGGGAGCCCUGAUUCCCAAGGUGUUCCAGCAGUAUCCCGAGUCCCGCCCCCUCACUAUCAGGAUCCAGGUGCCCAACCCACCUUCAGUGACGCUGCAGAAGGACAAGGCGCUGGUGAAGGUGUUUGCCACUGCCGAGAUCAUGGUCUCCCAGCCCAAUGACGUCGAGACCACCAUCUGCCUCCUCGAUGUGGACACAGACCUCUUGGCCAUGUUUUCCGUGGAGAACGAUAAGCUCAUGAUCGACGCCAAGCUGGACAAGACCAGCCUUAACCUCAGAACCUCAAACGUGGGCAAUUUUGAUGUUGGCCUCAUGGAGGUGCUGGUUGGGAAGAUUUUCGAUCUGGCAUUCAUGCCCGCGAUGAACGCCGUGCUGGGCUCUGGCGUCCCUCUCCCCAAAAUCCUCAACAUCGACUUCAGCAAUGCAGACAUCGACGUCUUAGAGGACCUUCUGGUGCUGAGCGCCUGA